AUGUCAGAAACUACACAUAGUUCGACCGGCAAGCCGAAGGCCAGGAAUGGCCAUUGCAAGAGAUUCUGGUGGCUGUACUUGUUGAUUCUGGUGGUUAUUGUUGUCAUCGUGGUUCCUGUAAUUCUCCUUGUUGCGGUACCCAGGAUUGCGCAGAACAAAGUCAAUGAGGCCGAGCUUCACAUUGAUGGUGUCAAGAUCACCCAAAGCGAGACAGGCUCCUUCAACAUGGCCAUUAACUCCUCCAUCACUACCGACGGUAGUACGCACGCGACAAUAGCUGCAUUUAAUGGCACCUUGUGGCUUUUAGACCAUAACCCACCAUUGGCCUUUGCUGCCGUCACGUUCCCAGAGACGCCUUCUGAUGCUUUGGUCUUGGUGAACAUUAGCCAGCCGGUAACCAUUGACCACAUCAGUGAGCUCACUAUCUUCAACUCAUAUCUUCUGACGAACCAGAGCGUGAAUGUGCGAGUUGAAGGAGAUACCACUGUUCGUGUAUCCGGUAUUGCGCGUGAUUAUCCCAUCACCUUUUCAAAGGAUGUUACUUUCGCUGGUUUCAACGCAUUCAAUGGCAUCAGUGUAGCAAAUCCUCAUGUCAGUUUGUCGACUAGAAACAACUUCAAUGCGACAACUAACAUACCAAACCCGACGAGCUGGACUGUAGAAGUGGGCAACGCUUCUUUCCACACCUACUUCAACGGUUCUAAUAUUGGCAAUACAAACAUUACCAACAUGGUCCUCUACCCAGGCGAUAACAACUUCAACAUUAAGGGAGAUGUUGCUCAGGCAGAUGUCAUCAAAGCUCUUCAACAAAGGCCCUACUGCGAAAAUGGAGGCCUUUUGCCGGUACAGAUUUCCGGGAAUAGUGUGGUUAAUAAUGGCCAAACUAUCCCAUGGCUUGCUGAUGCCCUGGCUUCAUUCAACGUGAGCCUUGAUAUUGACAUUGGUGAAGCCAUCAAGAACGAUAUUGGACUUUCACUGCCAUGCAGCAACACAACGAUCAAGUUGUGA